AUGGGAGAACGGAGACAGGGAAAGGCACAGACUCAACAAGCAGAGGGUGGCAGUCCUAGCACUUUUCCCACGUUUUCCCUGUCUCCUCCUUUCCGAGGUGCCUCCCUGAGCCUGGUGAACGGUAGAAACCGGUGCGAGGGGCGCGUAGAGAUUUACCACUAUGGGGGCCGGGGCACCGUCUGCGAUGACAGCUGGGACCUGAACGACGCCGAGGUCGUGUGCAGGCAGCUGGGAUGUGGCUUUGCUGUUUCUGCACCAUCCAAUGCCUACUUUGGACAAGGCACGGGCAGUAUCUACCUGGACGAUGUGCGCUGCACCGGGAACGAGUCCUCCCUCUUCCAGUGCAGCCACAAUGGCUGGGGUGUCCACAACUGUGUCCACAGUGAAGACGCUGGUGUUGUGUGUUCAGGUGCCUCCCUGAGCCUGGUGAACGGUAGAAACCGGUGCGAGGGGCGCGUAGAGAUUUACCACUAUGGGGGCCGGGGCACCGUCUGCGAUGACAGCUGGGACCUGAACGACGCCGAGGUCGUGUGCAGGCAGCUGGGAUGUGGCUUUGCUGUUUCUGCACCAUCCAAUGCCUACUUUGGACAAGGCACGGGCAGUAUCUACCUGGACGAUGUGCGCUGCACCGGGAACGAGUCCUCCCUCUUCCAGUGCAGCCACAAUGGCUGGGGUGUCCACAACUGUGUCCACAGUGAAGACGCUGGUGUUGUGUGUUCAGGUGCCUCCCUGAGCCUGGUGAACGGUAGAAACCGGUGCGAGGGGCGCGUAGAGAUUUACCACUAUGGGGGCCGGGGCACCGUCUGCGAUGACAGCUGGGACCUGAACGACGCCGAGGUCGUGUGCAGGCAGCUGGGAUGUGGCUUUGCUGUUUCUGCACCAUCCAAUGCCUACUUUGGACAAGGCACGGGCAGUAUCUACCUGGACGAUGUGCGCUGCACCGGGAACGAGUCCUCCCUCUUCCAGUGCAGCCACAAUGGCUGGGGUAUCCACAACUGUGUCCACAGUGAAGAUGCUGGUGUUGUGUGCUCAGGUGCCUCCCUGAGCCUGGUGAACGGUAGAAACCGGUGCGAGGGGCGCGUAGAGAUUUACCACUAUGGGGGCCGGGGCACCGUCUGCGAUGACAGCUGGGACCUGAACGACGCCGAGGUCGUGUGCAGGCAGCUGGGAUGUGGCUUUGCUGUUUCUGCACCAUCCAAUGCCUACUUUGGACAAGGCACGGGCAGUAUCUACCUGGACGAUGUGCGCUGCACCGGGAACGAGUCCUCCCUCUUCCAGUGCAGCCACAAUGGCUGGGGUGUCCACAACUGUGUCCACAGUGAAGAUGCUGGUGUUGUGUGCUCAGGUACCAUUGCUUUUCUUCCUAGCUACCAGGAUCCUUUCCAAAACGGGCCCUUGUGGGCCACAGUGAGCUCUGUGUUGGAGACAUGUUCCAAGAUUGUGGUUUAUGUUGCUCCCACCAUUGAUGACCAGCCUGCCAAGAUCACCAGGCUCUCCAUUGCCCAUGUGAUGGGGUUGCAAGGUGGAUGCCAGAAUGACUAUAUUGAGAUUUAUGAUGGGCCACUCAAUACUUCUCCUCUGCUUGGAAGAGUUUGUUCUAGUUAUGGUCUCACAUACACAUCAUCAUCAAACUUCAUGGCUGUCAGAUUUCACAGUGACUCCAGGUAUUCCGCUCUUGUAUGCUUGCCAACGUACAUGCGCGCAGUAGUGGACAGGCGUUAUCUCCAGUCACAAGGCUACUCAGUGUGGAACAUCAGCUUGUCUGACCCUUACUGUAGACCAACAAUUACUUCAACUGAGGUUAUAUUCAACAUUCCGUACAAUGGCUGUGGUACACGUAGACAGGGCAACAAUGAAACAAUCACCUACUCCAAUGUGAUAAGAGUGCCUGCUUUUGGUUACAUCAUCAAGAGGCAAAGGGACCUUUAUUUGAACGUCGACUGCAAAAUGCUCCAGAACACCUGGGUGCAAGCAAUGUACAUUGCCAAUGACAUCAUUAAUGCCAAUGAAAGUCUGUCUCAGUAUGGCAGAUACAGUGUGAACCUAACAUUCUACAAUUCCUCAUCUUUCCUGUGGCCAGUGCAUGACUUCCCAUACUACGUUGACCUGAAUCAGGAUUUGUUCCUUCAAGCUUCCCUUCACAGCUCUGACCCAAAUUUGGCAGUGUUUGUGGACACAUGCGUGGCAUCACCUGAUCCUAACGACUUUAGAACACUGACCUAUGAAUUGAUUAGAAGUGGGUGUGUCAAGGAUCCUACCUACUCUUCUUACUAUUCACCAUACAGCAGCGUUGCUCGGUUUGCCUUUAAUGCUUUUUCAUUUGUUAAUCGAUACCAGUUAGUUUACCUGCAGUGUGAGCUGGUGGUGUGCAGGACCUAUGACUACUCUUCUCGUUGCUAUCAAGGCUGUGUUCGUAGGUUCAAGAGGGAUGCAGGUUCUUCCCAGGAUAAAAUGAGUGUUGUUGUUGGACCUGUCCAGCUUCGGGAAGCUCACGCUGAGAACAGGAAUGCUGAGCUGGCCUCUGACAUUGAGGUGAAAGGGGAGUCUCAGGACUCAGUGCCUGCUGCCAGCUCCCACGUUCCUCUGGCUGUGAUCAUUGUGGUGCUGAUUGCUGCUGUUCUCAGAGUGGGAGGAUUUCUUUUGAAGCUGAACCGUCUCCGGCUGGUGAACGGAAGGCACAGAUGUGAAGGUCGCGUGGAGAUCUAUUACAGAGGACGGCGUGGGACAGUUUGCGAUGAUUUCUGGGACUUUUCUGAUGCCCAGGUUGUGUGCAGGCAGCUGGGAUGCGGCCGGGCCAUUGGAGCUCCAGGCAGUGCUUACUUUGGGCAAGGCUCAGGCGACAUCCUGCUGGACAAUGUGCAGUGUAACGGAGAUGAAGCCUCCUUGUUUCUCUGUAAACACCUCGGAUGGAGGGUACACAACUGUGCUCACUAUGAAGAUGCUGGUGUUGUCUGUUCAGGUGCUGAUGCAAGGUCCAUCCUGCGCCUGGCGGGCGGGAGGCACGGCUGCGAGGGCCGCGUGGAGCUGUACGAUGGCAGCAGCUGGGGCACGGUGUGCGACGACCUGUGGGACCUGCGCGAUGCCCGGGUGGUGUGCAGGCAGCUGGGCUGCGGACAGCCCGUGGCCGCCCCGGGCAACGCGCGCUUUGGACCCGGCUCCGGCCGCAUCUUCCUGGACGAUGCACAUUGCCGCGGGGACGAGCCCUCGCUCCAGAUGUGCCCGAACAACGGCUGGGGAGUGCACAACUGCCAGCACACGGAGGACGCCGGCGUCGUCUGUGCAGCAACACCUACAGCCCCUCCUGCCCAAGUGCCGUACACAACAGGGUCCAUCCUGCGCCUGGCGGGCGGGAGGCACGGCUGCGAGGGCCGCGUGGAGCUGUACGAUGGCAGCAGCUGGGGCACGGUGUGCGAUGACCUGUGGGACCUGCGCGAUGCCCGGGUGGUGUGCGGGCAGCUGGGCUGCGGACAGCCCGUGGCCGCCCCGGGCAAUGCGCGCUUCGGGCCCGGCUCCGGCCGCAUCUUCCUGGACGAUGUACAUUGCCGCGGGGACGAGCCCUCGCUCCAGAUGUGCCCGAACAACGGCUGGGGAGUGCACAACUGCCAGCACACGGAGGACGCCGGCGUCGUCUGUGCAGCACCUUAUUUUUGUGGUGGCUCAAUCUCAAAUUCCUCGGGGGUGCUGCAGACUCCCUUCUACCCUGGAAGUUAUCCAAACAAUGCUGACUGCGUGUGGGAAAUACAAGUAGAGAACAAUUUCCGUGUUAUGCUCACAUUUAGAGAUAUUGCGAUGCAAAGUAGCAGAUGCCAGUAUGACUACGUUGAAGUCUAUGAUGGGCCUCUACACUCUUCCCCACUUCUUGGGAGGCUUUGUUCUGGUUCGUUUCCCACAUACACAUCCUCUUCAAACAUGAUGACCGUUCGCUUUCACAGCGAUUCUAGAGACACCUUCAGAGGGUUUCAGGCUCACUACUCCUCUAUUCCAGCAGUUCACAACUCUACCCUUCGGUGCUUGCCAGACUACAUGCAUGCAGUGGUUAGCAAAGACUACCUCCAGUCUCAAGGCUACUUGGCACAGAUGGUUGCUCUGAAUGACAAUAGUUGUAGACCAACAAUCACGUCACGUGAGGUUAUAUUCAACAUUCCCUACAACGGCUGUGGGACGAUACGAGAGGAGAACAAUGAUACCAUCAACUAUUCCAACACGAUCAAAGUUACAUCUUCUGGGCACAUAAUCAGGAGGAAAAAGAAUAUUAACUUACAUAUCAGUUGCAAAAUGCUACAGAAAACAUGGAUGCAAAUAAUGUAUGUUGCUGAAGACACUGUAGAUGUGAAUGAACAUCAGUUUGGAAGAUACAACAUGAACAUCACUUUCUAUGAUUCCUCAUCGUUCCUGCGGCAAGUGCACAACUCCCCGUACUACAUUGACUUGAAUCAAAAUUUGUACCUUCAAGCUUAUCUUCACAGCUCUGACCCAAAUCUGAUCGUGUUUGUGGACACAUGUGUGGCAUCACCUGACCCUCAUGAUUUUAACAGGCUGGCCUAUGAUAUAAUCAGGAAUGGAUGUGUUAGAGAUUCUUCCUAUGCCACAUACUACUCCCCCUACAGCCACUUUGCUCGGUUCAAGUUUAACGCCUUUGAGUUCAUCAGCCGCCAUCCAUUAGUCUACCUGCGGUGCGAGCUGGUGGUGUGCAGGCUCCGUGACUAUUCCUCCCGCUGCUACCGGGGCUGUGUUAGCAGGUCCAAGAGAGAUGCAAGUUCUGCUGAGGAAAGAGUGAAUGUGGUUGUCGGGCCACUUCAGCUUCGAGGAGGUGGUGCUCAGAGUAGGAAUAUUGGUAAAGUCAAAUAA